GCUGCGUCUCACCGAGACCCAAACCAUUGAGAACGGGCAACCAUGGCAAAGCCGGAGUCAGCAGACAGAGGCGAAGGUCCGAGUCAAACUCCUAGUAAGCGACCCAGCAAAGGCGGCGAAGAAAAGUCGAGGAGGGCAUCGGCGCCCAGAGAUGGCAAAGCAAAGACACAUCAUAAUGGCCGUCCAAGGCCUCCCUUCUCCGGCUCGUCUAGUAAGCAGCCUGGCGAGGUCGGCGCCAGCAAGAUCAAGGCUGCCUUGCGCCAGACCAAGCGUCUUCUUGCCAAGGACAAGCUGUCUUCGGAUGUGAGGCAGGAAGCGGAGCGCCGUCUCGCCUCGUUGGAGUCAGAUCUGGCUAGAAAGGAGUCGAGCGAAAAGGAGAGGAAGAAUGCAGAGAGGUACCACAAGGUCCGCUUCUUUGAGCGACAGAAACUGGUCAGACAAAUCAAGAAGGUGAAGAAGGAAAUGGCUGAGCAGCCCGAAAAGAAACGGAAGAAGCUCGAAGCAGAAUUAAGGGAGAAAAGAGUCCUGCUCAAUUACGUUUUGCACUAUCCUACGGCAGUCAAGUACGUCGCCCUCUUCCCGAGCUCUGGAGAAUCUCCGCUCGUCAAGCCAGCAGAGGGCGCUCCUGACUCGGAACAAUCCAGGCGGGCACGUCAGACUCAUGAAAGCGCAAUGGCAGUCCGUCAGAAGGUCGAAGCUGGUAUGAACGACGGCAGCCUUUCCCAGGAGCCGGAGAUGGAACUGGAGAGGAGAGCUUCGGAGGAGACUAGCAACAGUGUUACGAAGAGAUUGCGGCUGGACAUGAACGAAAGCAAGGAUGCCGAGAGUGAGGUCAGGGAGAAGAAGCGCAAGAGGGGGCAGGCAGGCGCGCUGCAGAGCGGAAUGGUUCCGGCAGGCGGGAGCGGCGGCAUCGAGGGUGAUGACUUCUUCGCGACGGGCAGCGACGAUGAGUAGCCUAUACGGGCGGCGUGGACAGCGGAGGGAGCUUGGGUGUAGCAAGCUACAAUGCGCUAGGCGUGAUCACAUCAUCUGUACAAUCAUUCAAUUCAUUCCCAAAAGUCAUCUACG